UUCAGAGGGAGUUCUAGUUCUAAGUUCUAUGUUCAGAUUAGAAUCUUUGCAUAAUAUAUAGUUGAGUAAGUUACUUAUUUGCAUGCAGAAGAAACAAGAGGUGAUUUUGAUAUACACAGAUAGAUAGAUGAUGUUUUGGGGAUGCAACCAAUGAUUAUGUUUCCCGGUCUGAAUAAAGAGGAGGAGAUGUAUACUAUGGUUGAGGCUUUGACUCAUGUUGUUCGUGGAGAAAUACCUCAAGAAGCUGCUGAUGUUGCUGUGACAUCUAACAUGGCUUCUGUGUCUGCAACACCAUCUACGUCCUCUUCAUCUUAUGGACUCAAUUCUAAUCUCAAAAGAAGUAGGGAAGAUGAUAUACCCUUUCUUGCUUCAUCCUCUGCUGCUAUUCCACCAAUUUCAGAGCUUGCAAUCAACGGGAAAACAAGAAGCGAAAGAAGCGAAAUGGGAGAUGAUGCAAUAGUGUACGAAUACAGAACAGAUCUAAAGAAGAAUGAUGAGGAGAAGAGGAAGAACAAUGAAGGGAAGAGAAAAUACAGAGGAGUGAGGCAGAGGCCAUGGGGGAAGUGGGCUGCAGAGAUCCGAGAUCCAUUCAAAGCAGCAAGAGUGUGGUUAGGAACCUUCAACACUGCAGAGGCUGCUGCCAUUGCUUACGACCAAGCCUCUCUCCGCUUCAGAGGCAACAAAGCCAAACUCAACUUCCCUGAAAAUGUUAGGGUGAAGCAACCACCACCACCAACAGCUUUCACCAUUUCUCAUACUGCUUCUUCUUCUUCUUCUGGUGCAUAUGUGCCCCUUCCACCUUCCACUGUGGAGGCUUCACCACCCAAGUUUUAUGACUUCUCCUCAGAGUUUUCAGACUUCCCCAUCAGUUUAUAUGAUCAGAUGUUUGUGUCGUCUGCAAUGGUUUCUCAUAUUCAAGCUUCUUCGGCUUCAUCGCCAGCGGCAUCGAAUUCUUCCUCUUCUUCAGUGUUUGCUUAUUCUGUAACUUCUGCUCCACAGGCAACUCCAAUUCCUUCUGUUUAUUCUGCUAAGCUGCCGCCAUGGUCUUCUUCUGAGAGAGGGUCCAAGGGUUGACCGAAGAUGCAGUGGUUGACUAUGUAAGAUCAGCGUACGUCACGCAACACGCAAGCAUAAAAAAUUACUGGAAUAAGACAUUUCUCGAUUACGGAACGACUCACAAAAACAAAUCUCAAAAGGUUGGAUAGGUUUCCAACAAAGAAACGAAUUAAUAAAUUUCUCAAUCAAAUUUCUACAUCCGUCUGAAACAAGUAACAUUAUUUUAUUUAAUUCUUUGUUAUUCUUGCUUGCAAGCAUUCCUUCGCAGUCAUCGUCCUUAAAACUACAAAACCAAAAGCACAUCUAAGUUACACGUUCGCAAUUAAUUUUAUUUGUAUUGGAAAUAAAUAAGGAAAUACAUAAUAUUGCCAGUGGCGUAGGCCAACAGUCAACAGCCAACAGGGAAGGCAUAUUGUCGAGGGUUAUAUAGGGAUCGGAUGUAGUCAUGUCUGUUUUUUUUAUUAACAUCAUUUUAUUGUUAA